UUCAGUAACAGAACUUCAAACAGACUUUCUAAGAGGGGAAAGGGCAAAUCUGUUGUCGUUGUAGAGGUGGCUGAGGAAGGGAUCGAUGAUGCACAACUUCUCUCGGCACGGGAAGAAAAUGUUCCUAAAGGGAGGAAGUGGAAGAGAUGGGCUCGACUACAAGAUGGACAAGGUCAGUCUCCUUCACCACUUAUUGGUCAGAAACGUGAUGGUUUGCCAAUUUUCGUUACGAAGGAUGCAAAUGUAGCAAAUAAAAAAUUGAAGGGAUUGAAUGAUUCUCAAAUUGCUAAAGGGGAAGUGCUAUCGGCGGAGGUUAUUUGGCAGCCCCGCCGGGAGCCAUGAUUCUGUAGAGUUGGAACUGCCGAGGGCUUGGAACCCUGACAAUUCAUGACCUUCAACUUAGGGUGAAGGAAAAGUCUCCCAAAGUAGUUUUCCUUGUGGAAACACUACUUGUUGCCCCUAAAAUGGAUAGGACAAGAAGAACACUAGGAUAUGAAUGUUGCUUUACUGUCGAACCCUUGGGUGGGAGUGGAGGGCUUGCAAUGCUCUGGAAUGAGGAUUCGGGGCUUACCAUUCAUAAUUAUUCACUGAGUCACAAAAGUGGAUGGUUUUCUGUUCCUGGACAGUUAGACAAAGUUCUGGUAACUGGGUUUUAUGGAGAUCCAAGACCAAUAGAAGAAGUCUUUCUUGGGAUUUGUUGAGUCGAGUGAACCCUGGCCCCUAUCCAUGGUGUUUAUUUGGGGAUUUUAAUGAGAUUAUGGUGUCCUCUGAGAAGGUUGGGGGUAGAGAAAGACCUGAGUUUCAAAUGAGAAGGUUUAGGGAAGCAGUGGAGCAUAAUAACUUAAUUGAUGUGGGCUGUAGAGGCAAUCCUUUUAUAUGGAGUAAUAGACAUUUAGAUUUGACUUUUACUAAAGAGAGGCUUGAUAGGGUAUUUGUUAACCAUCUUUGGCAAUUACAAGGAGCUAGAGUGGUGGUGGAUACUUUGGUGGCUAAAUGUUCUGACCAUACUCCAUUGGUAGUUUCUCUGUUGCCAAGAGACAGAGGUUGUAGAUUGCAUAAGAGGUGUUUUAUGUUUGAGGCUAGUUGGACAAAGGAGAAUAAUUGUGGUCGAGUUAUUGAAGAUGGAUGGAGGAACUGUUUGGUGAGAGGAUCUACUGUAGAUAGACUCCAAGCAUCCUUAAGGAAGUGCAGUACUGACCUGAGUAGAUGGAGUAGAUCAAACUGUUCAGAGGAAGAGAAGUUACUUGAAGAAAAAGCUACCUGUUUGAAAAGACUGCAAGACCAUGAAGGGACUGAUAUGUUGCAAAGGGAAGUUGGUUUGUUACUUGACAAGCAAGAUUUGAAAUGGAAACAAAGGGCCAAAGCAAACUGGUAUAAAGUUGGGGACAGAAAUAUAAGGUUCUUCCACAUGUGUGCUUCACAGAGAUGGAGAAGAAACCGAAUUGUGGAGGUAAGGGAUUCAACUGAUAUCUUAAGGACAGGACAGGACAGGAUUAUCAUCAUUAUUACAUGGAGCUGAGACAAGUGGGGUUCUUAAAGGAGUCGAGGUCAGUAAGGGUGGAAUAAGCAUUAAUCAUCUGCUGUUUGCAGAUGACUGCCUGAUUUUUUGUAAGGCUCAUCUGACCCAAUGGAGGGCUUUAGAGAACUUAUUGAAUGUUUAUAAAAGUGCUUCUGGUCAGAAAUUAAAGUUGGAUAAAACCUCUUUGUUUUUUAGUUCAAAUACCAAGAGAGAGGUUAAGGAUGAUUUAGCUGAGGUCAUUGGUGCUAGAAUUUUUAAUGAUGCCGACAAAUAUCUAGGUUUACCCUCACUGGUGGUAGAUCUAAAUAUAAAGUUUUUUGUAGUAUCAAAAAGAGGGUUCAGGACAGAAUUGGUACUUGGCAUAAUAAAUUUCUCUCCUAGGCAGGUAAGGAAGUUUUGAUCAAAUCUGUUCUGCAAGCUCUUCCCACUUAUGCUAUGAGUGUUUUCAAGUUGCCUAAAAGAAUAUACACAGAAAUAUCUCAGUUGUUGGCUAGAUUUUGGUGGGUUCACAUGUCAAGCCAAAAUAGAGUUCAAUGGAAACAGUGGAAGAGGGUUGGCUUUCUAAAGGACCAAGGGGUAUGGGGUUUAGGGAUAUGGUGUGUUUUAAUCAGGCUCUGUUAGCAAAACAGUAUUGGAGACUUCUAACCAAUCCUCAAUCUAUGGUGGCCAGAAUAAUGAAGGAGAAAUAUUAUAAACAUGUGGAUAUCUUGAAUGCAAAACCUGGUGGGGCUCCUUCUUUGAUAUGGAGAAGUAUUAGGGGUGCUGCUGAGUUGGUUAAGAAUGGGAUGAGAUGGAGGGUUGGAAAUGGCCCGAAAAUCAGGACUUCGAUAGACAAAUGGUUGCCAACACCUAACACUCAUAUGGUACAAUCUCCUGUAAAAUGCUUGCAGAGGAAGGAUACAGUGGAUAAACUGUUGGUGGACGGGGGUUCAUGGAAUGAAAAUCUGAUUGAUGAGAUAUUUUCAGUGGAAGAAGCUGCUGUGAUCAAAACUCUGCCUAUUAGUAGAAGGAGGUCAGGGGAUAUGAUGUAUUGGGGUCAUACUAAAAUGCUCUUUUUUCUGUAAAAUCUGCCUAUCACUUACAGUGUCAAAGUUUUUCUUUGUUCCUGGGAGAGUGUUCUAACAAGAGACAGUUUUCUUAGUCAUGGAAAUACUUAUGGGCCUUACAAGUUCCUCAUGUUGUUAAAGUUUUCUUGUGGAGUGCUGUUAGUGAGACACUUCCAACCAAAAGCAAUCUGUUCAAAAGAAAAAUUUCUGAUAAUGAGGCCUGUCCUAUUUGUAACCAACAGGGUGAGACAAGUAACCAUGUGUUAUGGUCAUGUGUGGCUGCUAGAGAUGUUUGGUCUGAUUCUGCAAGUCAUCUACAUAAGGCUAAGUGUCUUGAUUCAGAUUUUAUUAUCACUUGGUAGGAUCUAAUAGCUCGAUUUACAGGAUCUGAUCUGGAAUAGGCUACUUGUGUAUUCAGGUAAAUCUGGCUGAGAAGAAACAGAUGGGUUUUUUAUGACUCUUUCAAUAGUCCAAUGAAGCUGUGGCAGAAGGCAAGGAUGGAAAUGGGGGCUUUCCAGCAGGCUCAGAUCCAAGACAAGGAUGUUGGAGUUGCUCAGAAUGUUAGCAGGAGUUUGGGUCAUUGGAAUAGACUAGAAGGGGACUUGGUAAAGGCCAAUUGGGAUGCUGCUUUCAUUUCAAACGAUAGGAAGAUGGGUGGGGGUUGUGCUUUCAGAAACAGCUCAGGGGACCUGUUAGCUGCUGCAGCAUGGCCAAUGAGUUUUAUUGGCAGUCCUUUGCAAGCUGAGGCAGUAGCUUUGGAGAGGACUAUAGAAUUGUGUGUUGAGUUGGCAUUCCAGCAAGUUUUGUUUGAAGGAGAUUCACUAAAUUUGGUUCAAGAUAUUUAAAGCAAAGAGGAGAAUUGCUCAUGUUAUGGCCAGAUUGUUGAAGAUCUCAAGUCUGUUUUCAAGCAUCCAACUAGUUGGAAUAUCCAGUUUGCUCCCCACACACUGCAAUCAGGUUGCUCACAUCCUUGCAAGGAAGGCUUUACAGUUAGAUGAUGAAGCUGUUUGGAUUGAAGAGGGCCCUUUGGAGAUUAUGUAUUGUAUUGAACAUGACAAAUCCGUUUCUACGCUUUGAUUUAUGAUAUGAAUGUUUUCUUUCAAAAAAAAA